AGCAGCAGCGGCAGCGGCAGCAGCAGUAAGAGACGAAGAAAAAGCUGAACAGGAUAAGAAAGAAGAUAAUUCGAGGAAAAAGGAAGCACAAGAGGUACCCACAGAGUCGUGAUAAAUAUUUUCGGACGGAAAUCAAAACGAGAAUCGACACGGUACGCGCGCGCGAGUGAGAACGCCACCCUUGCACACAGUCGCACGCGCUCGCACAUACGCGCACACACGCGUAUAUACACACACACGCAAGAGAAACACACGCGUGCGCGCGCCCGCUCACACGCUACACGUAUACGCACGGGCGUACGCAUACAUAUACACACGAACACACAAAGAGGCGCGCACGCACGCACGCACGCACUCGCAUUCAGAGAGAGGCUGGCCGAAGGUGUUUUGGAUUUGUAAUUUGGUGCUUGGAUAAUACGAUCGUGUAUCGCCGGAUCGCUGGAUCGCGAGGGAACCCAGUGAAGAAAUUAUCGUCGUUAAACCAGUACGCUUUCCCGCGAUAUCGCUGGCAAUCCACCAUUUUGGCUCGGUCGCCGCUACCAGUUGUACUACGGGCCGCGUUUAGCUCGCUGUAUGCUCCGCGCCGCACGGUCAGCAAUAUUAGGUAUAGAGCCGAUUGACAAACUACGACGAGGCUACAUCGACGAGGCUCGAUCGAAUAUCAUUCGAGGAUAUUUCCAACAAGAAACUCGCGCGGCCACCAACGCGAGUACUGUGUUAAGGUGGACGUAUGACGUGAUUACCGAAGUGAAAGGGAAACGAAGGGAGGGUACGAGAGUGCAAGAUAGAUAAGGGGGAGAAAGGGAUAAAGGGAGAAACAGACAGAAAGAGAGAGAGAGAGAGAGAGAGAGGAAGAGACGGAGAAGGAAGAAUAAAGGAACGCGCGAGAGCGAGAGAAAGGUGAAAAGAGCGAGGAAGGGGUGAGGUGAAAAGGAUUUCAAAGAGAGAUACUUGAAGCUGGUACCUGUACAACGGUGUACCUGUGCUUCCCUCUCCAUCACGUUCCUCCGACAAGACGCAGGACUUGGUUAAUCACAUACGUUAGCUUCGCACGCACCGCGUGUGUGUCGCCGCGCCAAUUCUGUGUUUCCCUCCUAAUCGUAAGCAGACGUAACUCUGUUGGUCGUCGUCUCCAAAGAUUCCACCGCAACGCAAAAGUGUCACGUGUUCCAACUGCUCUUUCCCUCGAAAUUCCAAUUUCAACGGAACACGCAUUCGCCUGUGCAUAUGUGUAUACACGCGUGUACAUAUGAUUUCAAAAACUACCGGUAACUACCUCCUUCCUCCUGUGAUUUUGUGACCUCGUAUUAUUUGAUUUUAAACAAAAGACUGUACUGCACAGGGUGAAUAUUAUUAUUAUAUUAUACUGUAGGAAGAUUGAAAUAAAGAAUCCAAGGAGUACGGGAGAACGGUGAAUAAAAGUAAAUAGCAGAUCAAAGGAUAAGAUCGAGUGAUGAAAGAAAUUUUACAUAAUGAAGUGAAAAUCAAGAAUAAUAUAAAUACCGAAAAAUAGAGGCAGUAUAUAGUGUCUUGGCUCCAAAACUCCUAACACUGCUCGUUUACUUUAUACAUCGCGUAAUAAUUAGAAAAAAAAAAAACCGUAAUAACGUCACUCAUAUUGAUACAAAACGACUUGGUUCGUGAAUUUACUGAUUAAUUCCAAGUUAAACAUUAAAAUACAUAUACUUUACUUCAGGUACCUGUAAUUAUCUACGGAAAAAAAUCUGUGUUGUGUUUUUGUUUUCAGUUCGUUGCUAAUAAAUCCAGUGAGUGCCAGUGCAUAUUCUACCUCAAAGUUAGCGACAGCUAACGAAAACUUGAAUCAAUUGAACGUAAGAUAUAAAUUAUAUAUAUACACAUAUACAUAAAUAUAUGCGUAUAUAUAUAUAACAAAUAUAUAUAUACAUAGUGUAUACAUUAUAUGUAUAUAUAUAUAUAAAUUUAUACAUCGAAAGGUUACUAUUACUGUACAUAUUGUUUCGUGUAAACUUAUAUUAGCAAAAGAGCUAUGUCCAUGGAUAAAUUUGGCGACUCUGGAAUGCUUCAAAAGGAUAUGGAACGAUUGGAUAUCGAGGAUCGCAACGGCGAUGGCCAAAGCUCCAGCUCCGGAGGUAAGAUCGUGGUGAGCAACUUACCAGCCCACGCAAGGUUCGAGGACAUCGAACCACUCCUAACGACGUACGGGCAGGUCCAAAACGUGGAAAAACUUUCCUCGCGAGAUCCAAACACCCAAACAGUCCUGGUCAGCUAUGAGACGCAAGAACAAGCACAACAGGCUGUAAAUCAGUUGAAUGGGUACGAGUACGAGGGCAACCCGCUAAAGGUGGAGAUGUCGAGCCCGGAGAAUCGGCGGAGAGGACGCAGCCAACGCGGGGGAGUCGCGUUUUCGGGGUUGCCUGGGUCCGGACGGCAGACCGACUUUCCUCUACGUAUUCUGGUUCAGUCGGACAUGGUAGGUGCCAUUAUCGGUCGACAGGGUUCCACCAUACGUCAGAUAACUCAGAUGACUCGCGCUCGCGUCGACGUGCACAGGAAAGACAACGUUGGCUCCCUCGAGAAGGCCAUCACCAUAUACGGAAACCCUGAAAAUUGCACCAAUGCUUGCAAAAAAAUUCUCGAGGUCAUGCAGCAGGAAGCCAAUAAUACUAACAAGGGUGAGAUAACCCUGAAGAUUCUUGCGCACAACAAUCUUAUCGGACGCAUUAUUGGGAAAGGGGGUAACACCAUAAAACGGAUCAUGCAGGAUACCGACUCAAAGAUAACCGUGAGCAGCAUCAACGAUAUCAACAGCUUUAAUCUGGAACGCAUCAUCACCGUCAAGGGUUCGAUUGAGAAUAUGAGCAAGGCUGAGUCCAUGAUAUCCAGCAAGCUCCGUCAAAGUUACGAGAACGAUCUUCAAGCUAUGGCUCCCCAAAGCAUGAUGUUCCCCGGACUCCAUCCGAUGGCGAUGAUGUCGACCGCGGGUAUGGGGUACAGUUCGCGUGGUCCGGGUCUCUACGGCUCCGGACCAGCGCCGUAUCCAUACCAGGGGAGCAUGCCAGCCCAGCAGGGCGGCGUUCCGACCGGUGACACCCAGGAGACGACCUUCUUGUACAUUCCCAACAACAGCGUUGGCGCUAUCAUCGGAACAAAGGGUUCCCACAUAAGGAACAUCAUAAGAUUCUCGGGUGCUAGUGUCAAAAUUGCACCGCUUGAACAGGACAAGCCCGCGGAUCAGCAGACUGAAAGGAAAGUAACAAUCGUUGGGUCGCCAGAGUCACAGUGGAAGGCUCAGUAUUUAAUCUUUGAGAAGAUGAGGGAAGAGGGUUUCGUGGCCGGUACGGAGGAUGUCAGGCUUACCAUCGAGAUCCUUGUACCGAGUGCUCAAGUUGGUCGAAUCAUUGGAAAGGGUGGUCAAAACGUCAGGGAGUUGCAACGUGUCACCGGAAGUGUCAUAAAACUCUCGGAACAGCAGGCCACGCCACCACAGGCCGACGAGGAAACGACGGUUCACAUCAUCGGACCAUUCUUCUCUGUUCAGUCGGCACAGCGGAGAAUUCGCGCCAUGGUACUACAGUCCGGAGCACCAGGUACCGGAACGCUAGGAAUCGGUCCCACAGGUGGACCGCGGGCUGGUCGUGGCGGUAGCCAGGACGGUGGUUCACGUUCUCGGCGUGAUGGUAGCGCGACGUCACAAGGUGGGUCGUCGCAGCAGCGAUCGUCCUCCCCUACCAGCCAGCAGCAACAGCAACCGACGCAGCAACCGCAGCAGCAACAGCAACAACAACAACAACAGCAGCAGCAACAGCAACAACAGCAGCAACAACAGCAACAGCAACCACCACAGAAUCAGUAACGUUGAAGUAAAUCACCCGAUGCCAACCAAAUGCCUCAAUUUAUGUAUCCAACAUUCUUCCCGCACGGGGUGAUCUUUACCAUUUUGAAAUCCCGACAAGCAUACGCGGAUAAACGCUUAAUGUCCGUACAAUCAACACGGACGCUUCGUAACUGUAUCCUAACAAUAAGAAUGGUUGGACUCGUAUCUUGGAAGAUUUCAAAAAAUCCGCGAAAUUACAAACUCAGUUCUCUAUAUAUAUUACGUAAUAUAUAGAAAGGUGACAUGCAUAUAACGAGGAUAACGUGACACGUGUCUGUCCUCACUAUUCUAUCUCCGUUUUUCCACGUCUACCUUUCUGUCUUAAAUUACCACCUACCUUUAUACUCAUCCCGUCCCGACCCCGACCUUGAAACCUACCCUUUCUGCCAACCACUCUCCGUCGCUUUCUGCCGCACUAGCGGGCUGAUGAAGGUGAAGAGACACGGAGGAAAAAAUUUCAAACUGGUAACGCAUUCACCCCGUUGAGGAUUAUUAUGACCAUGAUGAUGAAUGAUAAUGGAUGGAUGAUGAUGAAAAAGAUGAUGCUUAUGAUGAUGAUGAUCAUGAUGAUGCUUAUGAUGAAAUACACACAACCUUAUUACCUCA